GGUACUGAACCGCAAGAUCGGUCAAAGAGCGAGUGAUUGUUCACCCUAAAGUGUUCCCCACCUCCCGAUUCCGUAGGCUUGCCGCGUACAUAAGUAAUUUGCUGCAACUCAAUUUUUCUUUCUUACAAUCAAUUACAGAUCAGUGGAUCUCAUCAAGCCAACUGGCAUAUGGGAUGAAAAUAUUAGCAGAGGUAUCGACUCCUUACAUCACUAAACAGCCAACGUUUUAAACACGCCUGUUAACACCUGUGCAUUGAGAGAGUGGAGAGGAGAGUGGAUUCGUGAUCUUAGGCGUCUGAGGGAAAGUAAACAGACUUGCUGUUUUCAAUGGGUGGCGGAUAAUAGCCGUCAAUAGAAGUGUUUUAACUACUUCUAUAACCACACAGAUAUCGACCUGUGAAGGGAAAUAGAAUGCACUGUAGUAAUUUCAGCUGUGGUUGGGCCCGCAUAGCAGGUAUUUGGAUGUUUUCAUGAGAUUCUCUCAUUAAAGGGGUGUAAAUGACAAGCAGGUAUCUCGUUGUCCGUCAAAUUGGGACGUACGUCUGAAAGGUUACAUACACAAGGCUAUAUGUACAAGAUAAUCACAAGAGUUGGAUUUAAAAGAUACCCGAAUCAUCCUUCUGCAGCAACAUGCGUUAUGCUUCAUGGAAAGGACUUGUAUCAUACUUGUAACUCAUAUAAAAUAACUAUAUAGUGUUGACGGCAAGGCAAAAGCGGAGUCGCAAUUAGCAAUGUAUGGAGGUAGGCCGGAUUUAAUCUCUCAACUCUUGAGCAAACUUUGAAGCCGCACUGUGCAUAGCAUUUAUUAGCCAUAGACAACAUCAUGAAGUAUGUACGCGCGGCAAUCAGAUCUAUGCUGAGGUCCCAUCGAGCGUGGUCAGUGACUGUCGAUUGCACUGGGUAAGUGACUCUCCAGUUGUAGAAUUCGCUUCUGACCAAGGUCAAGAGUGAAGGCUGUCAGACACUACGGACUCAGCACACUCGAUGGUGACUUGCGAAAGUAAAGCAUGGUAAAGUAAUCUGAUUCUGUUAUUGGGAGUAUAUAAGAAAUAAGAAGGACCGCGCAUCGAAUAAAUUGCAAACAGCGGCAGCAUACGUCAGCUAACAUGUAACUAAGAUGCUAUAUAACUGUUCGAACAGCCGUGUAAAUCUCACAAAGUAUCUACCAGACGGGGGGAACUGCACGCAACAAUCUUUGCUGCUUCAUUUAGGUAAUUAUUCCGAAGGAAUAACGUGGAAUUUCACGGAAAACAUAACACAGAAUGGAUCCGCCGGACAGAUCGCAGACUUACCGUCUACAGUUUAUGGACUUGGGUUGAGUAUUUUCAUAGGGUUUAUUCUGUGUAUUUUGAUCUUCAUGUCUAUAGCCGGAAACGUACUGGUGUGUGUGGCUAUUUAUACCGAUAGAAACCUUAGGAAACGGAGCAAUUUGCUCUUAGUAUCGCUAGCCGUGGCGGACCUUUUUGUAGCUGUCUUUGUUAUGAUUUGUGCCGUAGGAAACGAUCUCAUGGGAUACUGGAUUUUUGACAUUCACUACUGCAAUAUCUGGGUGUCAAUGGAUGUGAUGUGUUGCACGGCGUCUAUUCUAAAUCUUUGUGCCAUAAGUUUUGAUCGUUACUUACAUAUACGGGACCCCCUUAAAUACGCUCGGACAAUGACAGCGAACAAGAUAAUCUCAAUGAUCGUAGCUGUAUGGAUUCUCUCUGCUCUCAUCUCCUUCCUACCUGUCAACCUUGGCUGGCACCAGAUUGGGUUGAUAGGAAUUGAGGAGGCGGAGGAGGAGUUGCCCACUGAGAGGCCGUUCUGUGCGCUUGUGAUUAGUCCAGUCUACGCCGUGAUCUCCUCCUGCGUGAGUUUUUACCUACCAUGCAUCAUCAUGGUGACAAUCUACCUACGACUAUACACCUUUGCACGCCAUCAUGUUUCCAAUAUCAAACGGACAACCACAUUCGAUCAAUUUAAUGGUGAUUCCACAAAUGGUGGGGGUGGGCGAGGUGGAAGCGGCAAAAGUGGCUCAGGGUACAAAGUGUCCGAUCACAAGGCUGCCAUAACGUUGGGUGUCAUUAUGGGGGUGUUUUUACUGUGCUGGAUGCCGUUUUUUACAAUAAAUAUCGUCCAGGCCUACUGCCGGUGUAUCUCUCCCGUAAUAUUUAGCUUUCUCACUUGGGUUGGUUAUGUCAAUUCUUUGCUCAAUCCUAUUAUAUACAGUAUAUUCAACAAGGAUUUUAGGAAUGCUUUCAAAAAGUUACUUUAUCUCGACAAAUUGAAAUGUCCUUGUGCCCAUGAAAACGGAGAUAAUUCAAAAACAUCGAACUCACACACCAAAUCAAGUGCCAUUAAGAAAAUCAAACUUCGGCUUUUUCACAAAAAGGAACCCAAUCACAACGGUAGUAUCCUACACAACGUGAGCUCAUACAGCAUUGAGACAAGACAGGCGACUGUCACAGCUACCUUACUUGACGACACUGCAAAAUCGGAAUUCAGCGAUGUUUUGACAGCGCUAUAAAAUUUAUUCAAGAGACAAUAAUUUUAUUAGCAUCUCGUAAUUAAGAUUAUUAAGCAAAAAUCGAUGAGUGUCAACGUCUGUGUCUGACCUCCUGAUGAGAAAAAUACAGAGAUAGGAAAACAUCUCUUCAAAAUAGUCACACAGAAUAAGCGCUUUAUGAUGGUGUAUGUUUACCCAAGUAUUGUGACCUUAGUAUACACUAAGAAUAAACGGCAAGGUGGUUGUAUUGGCGUUAAGUUAGAGGAUUAGUUAAACAUAAAUAAGCUUACUGUGCCCCGUGUCUCCCCCGUGCAAUGAACCUUUUAUAGCAAAUCAAAUGCUGAAAGUACAUGGUAAUUCAUAAUUCCGAAAUCUGAAAGGUGUUCAACAUACCAUAUAUUUUAUGUUGUCAGGUAUCAACUUUUUUCUGCACCACUUGCUAUUUUCAUCAGUCAGAUUAAGGUCAUGCCUGUAGCCAAGUCGUGGUUUUUAAGUUACUAAGCAAUUAUGUCAAUGCGCAGGUCUGUCCCAUGACUUAAUUGAAUGUAAAUAUUACAUGAAAUUUAAACUUCAGCUUAAGCUCUGGCUUCAUCCGAUUUAACCAAGAACUGCUGUAGAUGUAUCUUGAUUAGCUGGUAAAUCAGGACGCAGGAGUGACCAAAUAUUGAAUUUUCUUCAUAAUCAGCUUCAAUUGAGUGGCGUAAAUGAACCCAAGACUAUCUUUGUGAUUUAUUGCCAUCGGCGAGACUCAUCAAGACAGAGCAGUUGUGAGAACUCUUCUGGGAGUGGCAAGCUCGCCUCCAAUCAAAAAGAAGAAAUUGGAAAGGCCGCUGCAGCAAUAUGACUAGUCCAUAUCCGCAAUACUUUCUAAUUCGUUUUUCAAAGUUGGAUAACCCAGUACAAUACCUCGAUUGUAAUUGGUAAAGACAAAAACCCUCCUUUUCGUAUAUAUAUAAGAAACAGAAUUUUAUAGUUACUUGGGUAUUAAAGGUAGACUAAAAUUACUAUACUGCUUUGGUCCGCUUUUAAUCGUCAGUUUAGUGUUAAUUUAUAGUAUGGUGUGUGUUGAGCCUGAUGUAAUUGCCUUAAAUUGAUGAUAUUGCGUAAGAUAUGGCACACGACAGUCUAGCUUGGGGGGUUUAUAUGUCUCUUUAUUGCUAAAUAAUGCCACAAACUGAAACAUUUGCUUCUAACAUUCCAGUGUUAUGACUGUAAUUAUGUGACAGAGUCUGAGUUUAUUAUAUGUCAAUAGGUAUCAACUUUUACUGUCAAUAGUCAGGUGUCGUGAGUCAGUAUUUGAUUAUAUGAGGCAUACCACGGUGCAGACAAACAGAAUGUGACUUAGCAGUUAUAUAUGCUUCCAAUAAAAUCAUGAAUGUU